AAUAUAAUGUGACAACUACUUGUAGAAUUAGAAACUUGGGCAAAUUGGUUAGAAUCCAACAUCAGUCCUCUAUGUUCCCAACACACAUCUGUGGUAUGUUUCACUUGCUAUUUUCUAUUAAGAAACACCCCAAAUCCCCAAAUUAUGAAGAUGAUGAUAUUAUAGGGAGUUAUCAAGCUGUUAUAAACCCUUUUGAUGAAGUGGAAGAAGUUAAUCCUUUCUAUGUUAAUCCUUUAUUCUUUUCAAAUUUGUAUGAUUUUGAUUACUGAUCUAUGAUUAUGAACUUGUAGAACCGUUCAAGGCUUUCACCUCUUCCUCCAGAACCAGUUGCUCUCAACUAUGGUUGUGAUGCAAAUCAUGAUAUCUCUCUUGCUACAGUUACUAGACCCAAUUUUAAGGAAUUGAAGAGGAAAGGGAGGGAGAUUGGCCAUGGUAGUUGAACGUAACCAGCAACAUGAGGUAUAUCAGGGAGAUUGAACUUGUGAAACAUGCAGACUUUUACAAGUUUCACUCAUCUGUUUCUUUUAGGAUAUACAACACAGGAAAUGAAGCGGGAAAGAAGAGGAUUUAGCAAGAGGUAACUUGUAGUUUAUGCUAUAGUUUGUUGAUUACUCAUAAUAUCCACAUAGUGGCCUGUUUCUAUUUCCUUUUAUGGUCAAUUAGCCUUUCAUUCACGCCAUGACAAUCUAGAACUUGCCUUGUGAUUUUUUGUUCUGGCCACCAUUUGCCCCAGUUGUUCAUAAUGAUAUUACAAAUGAUAUGCUGAUUUAUUGACAAAAGUUGAUGUUUAUUGCCCUUCCAUCAUUCUUAGGUAUGCAAGCUUUUUGCAUUUUUACUUUUCGUUGUGGUUAUUUUAGCCUUGCAUUUUGGUAUAUUAUAUUUAUUGACUGAAUUCAUGCAAUUUUAUACAUGAUGUUAUUUAUAGUUAUCAAUCAACACCUCUAUUGAUGUAUGUUAUGAUUGGUAAAUGUAUUUUUUUUCCUUAUGCAGGAUUGGUUUUGUGCUUUUUCUGGAAUGACAUAACUGCUAUUGCAGCAUGCAUCAAAAGGGAAAUAUGGAAGCAUCAUACUGGGGAAUUGGAUCUCGUCUUCCCAUCAUGGUGACAGUUCGCAACAUCUUACAAGAACUAAAGAUGAAACAUUACUGUUUUGAACAAAUACACAAUUGUCAGAAUAUCAAAAACAUGUUCAUAUAUUUGUUUAUGCCUUAUGGUGAACGGAAGGGAAAAACUCUUGACAGGAAAUAGAGAUUUGACCCUAAAGAUUUUGCUGAUUGUGUUUUCAUUGGUUCUUACUGGGGCUACCUAAUACAUGGAAUGAGAUUAUGUAUGCAUCUUUGUUGAGCAAUUGUAAAAAUCUUUGUGAUCUAUCUAAACCUCCUUUGGAUAUCUGAUGACACACUUUAUACUAGUGUACUCUAGACUCUUUGUGCGCACUGUUUUUUGUGU